CGCUGGAGGGCCCGGCGGCGGCCCACGAAACCCAUGGCGCUGCCGGCCUGGCUGCAGCCCAGGUACAGAAAGAACACCUAUCUUUUCAUCUACUACUUAAUCCAGUUCUGUGGCCACUCAUGGAUAUUUACCAAUAUGACAGUGCGGUUCUUUUCAUUUGGAGAAGAUUCCAUGGUUGACACUUUUUAUGCUAUUGGUCUUGUGAUGCGCCUUUGCCAGUCCAUUUCCCUCCUGGAGUUGCUGCACAUUUGUGUUGGCAUUGAACCAAACCAUCUCUUUCCUAGGUUUCUGCAGCUCACAGAGAGAAUAAUCAUCCUCUUUGUGGUGAUCACCAGUCAAGAGGAAGUCCAAGAGAAGUAUGUGGUGUGUGUUUUAUUCGUCUUUUGGAAUCUAUUGGAUAUGGUUAGGUACACUUACAGCAUGUUAUCAGUCAUAGGAAUAUCCUAUGCCAUCUUGACCUGGUUCAGUCAGACACUGUGGAUGCCGAUUUAUCCUCUGUGUGUUCUUGCUGAAGCAUUUGCCAUCUAUCAGUCGCUGCCUUAUUUUGAAUCAUUUGGCACUUAUUCCACAAAGCUGCCCUUUGACUUAUCCAUCUAUUUCCCAUACGUGCUGAAAAUAUAUCUCAUGAUGCUCUUUAUAGGUAUGUAUUAUACCUACAGUCAUCUUUACUCAGAAAGAAGAGACAUCCUCGGAGUCUUUCCCUUUAAAAAGAAGAAAAUGUGAAGCACUGCAUUCCGAUGUGACAUAAGAAAAAAAACAGGCUUGUGGACUCAGCUGCAACAAACAACACAGGAAGCAUUCUGGUGGGUGCUACUUGACCCAGCUCCAUGACAUAAUGGUUCUCCUCAAGCUUGAGACAAAUCACAGCAGUCUGUUAACCUCACAUAUUUUCAAAACGCAUAUCCUGCACAACCUACUUUACCAAAGCUGUGGGUUUUAUACAAGUAUUAUUUUCCUGUAAGGUGAAUGAGAAAUAGAUUAACUGGAAUGGAUUCAAUUAAACUGAGAAACCAAACUUGUUAGCCGGAAUUAUAUCUGUUUACAUCUAUUUCUUUUCGCUUCAGCGUUUGUAAAUAGCGACUCCGCAGGAGGGCAAAAAUGUGAAGUAUGUUCUGCGGUUGUCACCAUGGCCAGAGUUCACCCCCAUCUUACACAUUAGACACGCUUAGAAAAUUAUACAUUAAUAUUUGGACUUUGAUGCCUUAAAAGAGAAGCCUGAUGAAAACAAUGGAUCUUUAGUAAAAAUGCUCCAUAUUCCUUUUCUGGGGCAGGGGUUGAAAUCAGACCAUAUACUUACCUUACAGGGAGACAAAAGGUAAAAAAACUAGAGUAAAUUAUUUUAAAGGAGGCAAGGCACUUAAGAACUAGUGAUGUUUCAGGGGCGCCUGGGUGGCUCAGUCGUUAAGUG